UAUAAAAUCUCUACUAUCACCAUGGUCUCCUGAAAAGUCUAUACUCAUGGAAAGAGCUUGGUUCUUCCGUGGCAAUAGAAAGUUGGGAAAGCUGAAGACAAUGCGUUGGACAGCUAGAAAGAAGCUGAAGGUUGCUAGAAUUUCAGCACAACGACAAAGAAAUGUUGAUGCUUUGAGAAGUAUAAUUCCUGGGUGCGAGGAUGACCAGGUGGAUGCUGCAACUUUGUUCAUGAAGACGAUGGAGCAUAUAAUAAAACUAGAAUUGCAAGUUCGUAUCCUUAGAUGCCUCACGAAUCUCCAUGGGGCUCGGUAGAGUACUGUGUUUCAUGGCGUCUAAGUAAGUUUUAUCACUUAAUUAAACAUGUUUUAAGCCUCUUGUAACUAUCUAUGUUUUCGUUCCUAAGGAGUAACUCAAUCGGCUGAAGACCACGCCUUAUGAAGCGGAGGUCACUAGUUCGAAUCUCCCCUCUUCUUCUUGUGUGGAUAUGUUAAAAAAAAAAAAAAAAAAAAACAGUCUAUGUUUUCAUUAUCUAUCUUUUGCUUGGUUUAGGGGGAAAAAGAAGCUUCUUGUGACCUGGUUUAUACAUGCAGUUGGUCGUACUCAAUGUAAUAUAGUUUGUCCUUAGUUCAAUAAUACGUAUAUUAUUAUCUUUUCUAGAGCA